CGGUGAUGACUUGGGGGAUUUCAACUUCCCAGCCGUCGAUCUAUCAAGGUAUUGGGCCCUUGAGAUGGCAACGUCUAUCAGAAGGGUAUGAGAAGCCAGAUCGAAAAGGAGCUUUGGCUCAGAUCCAACAAAAUCUGGGGAUGCUCUGUCGUCGGACCAGGACACGUAGGCACCCAGAUAAAUGUUGUUGAUCCUUCUCCAAGGUCGUUAUUGGUCCUUCUCGAGUCUCAACCUCUACGAUGGGCCCUCUCCCUCCAUGCUUUCAAUCAGAUCAACAUGGAAUCUUCUCUAAGAUUACCUGUGUAUAGAAUCAAACAAGAAAGAACAAGAGAAAGGAUUGUUCAGGCGGAGUCUGAUAUAGGCAAGAGCUGUAGGUUGUUGCUUGUGUUCCUUUGAGGGGUUUUAUUUAUUAUGG